CUCCUUAGCGGCCCCGCUCCCUCGAGCUAAGUGCGCAGGCUCCUCCUCCGGGCUCCGGUUCUGCUGGAGACGCAGCCCCGCGACUACAUCGCCUUCCAGCGAUCUUCUGAGCGCGUCGUCUGGUCUUGUCCUACCGCAGUGGCUGCGCUGUCGCCUGCGCGUUCGCAGGCAGGGUGGUACCGCCAGCCACUCUCCAGCCUCGGUGGUUUGGUGAACACAAGCCGCAGCGUGCCUGGAGAGUGCAACCCCUCGCCCGGCCCGGCGAGUCCCGGGCGUGAGCCGCGCUGACCGAGGGAGGAUGGCAGCCUCUGGGGUAGAGAAGAGCAGCAAGAAGAAGACCGAGAAGAAACUUGCUGCUCGAGAGGAAGCCAAAUUGUUGGCAGGCUUCAUGGGCGUCAUGAAUAACAUGCGGAAACAGAAAACACUGUGUGAUGUGAUCCUUAUGGUCCAGGAAAGGAAGAUACCUGCUCAUCGUGUUGUCCUUGCUGCAGCCAGUCAUUUUUUUAACUUAAUGUUCACAACUAACAUGAUUGAAUCAAAGUCCUUUGAAGUGGAACUCAAAGAUGCCGAACCUGACAUUAUUGAACAACUUGUGGAAUUUGCUUAUACAGCUAGAAUUUCUGUGAAUAGCAACAAUGUUCAAUCCUUGCUAGAUGCAGCAAACCAGUACCAGAUUGAACCUGUGAAGAAAAUGUGUGUUGAUUUUUUGAAAGAACAAGUUGAUGCUUCAAACUGUCUUGGUAUAAGUGUACUAGCGGAGUGUCUAGACUGUCCUGAAUUGAAAGCAACUGCAGAUGACUUUAUUCAUCAGCAUUUUACUGAAGUUUAUAAAACUGAUGAAUUUCUACAACUUGAUGUCAAGCGAGUUACACAUCUCCUCAACCAGGACACUCUGACUGUGAGAGCAGAGGAUCAGGUUUAUGACGCUGCAGUAAGGUGGUUGAAAUAUGAUGAACCUAAUCGCCAGCCUUUUAUGGUUGACAUCCUUGCUAAAGUCAGGUUUCCUCUUAUCUCAAAGAAUUUCUUAAGUAAAACAGUACAAGCUGAACCACUUAUUCAAGACAAUCCCGAAUGCCUUAAGAUGGUGAUAAGUGGGAUGAGGUAUCAUCUCCUUUCUCCAGAGGAUCGAGAAGAACUGGUAGAAGGCACAAGGCCCAGAAGGAAGAAACAUGACUACCGCAUAGCCCUGUUUGGAGGCUCCCAACCACAGUCUUGUAGAUAUUUUAACCCAAAGGAUUAUAGCUGGACAGACAUCCGCUGCCCCUUUGAAAAACGAAGAGAUGCAGCAUGCGUGUUUUGGGACAAUGUAGUUUACAUUUUGGGUGGCUCCCAGCUUUUCCCUAUAAAGCGAAUGGACUGUUAUAAUGUCGUUAAGGAUAGCUGGUAUUCCAAACUGGGCCCUCCAACACCUCGAGACAGCCUUGCUGCGUGUGCUGCAGAAGGCAAAAUUUAUACAUCCGGAGGUUCCGAAGUUGGAAACUCAGCUCUGUAUUUAUUUGAGUGCUAUGAUACGAGAACUGAGAGCUGGCACACGAAGCCCAGCAUGCUGACUCAGCGCUGCAGCCACGGGAUGGUGGAAGCCAAUGGCCUGAUCUAUGUUUGUGGUGGAAGUUUAGGGAACAACGUUUCUGGGCGAGUCUUGAAUUCCUGUGAAGUCUAUGAUCCUGCCACAGAAACGUGGACUGAGCUGUGUCCAAUGAUUGAAGCCAGAAAGAAUCAUGGGCUGGUAUUUGUAAAAGACAAGAUAUUUGCUGUGGGUGGUCAGAAUGGCUUAGGUGGUCUGGACAAUGUGGAAUAUUAUGAUAUUAAGUUAAACGAAUGGAAGAUGGUCUCACCAAUGCCAUGGAAGGGAGUAACAGUGAAGUGUGCAGCAGUUGGUUCUAUAGUUUAUGUCUUGGCUGGUUUUCAAGGUGUGGGUCGACUAGGAAACAUCCUUGAAUAUAAUACUGAAACAGACAAAUGGGUCGCCAACUCCAAAGUCCGAGCUUUUCCAGUAACAAGUUGUUUAAUUUGUGUUGUUGAUACUUGCGGAGCAAAUGAAGAAACCCUUGAAACAUGAAAAAUGAGUGAACUUCAAGAUUCAUUGGAGGCUCAAAAAUAUGGCCACCGUGCUUUGUUCCAAGAGUGCAGUUACAAAGUUUUAGUUUGGUAUUUUGUUGUUGUUGUUGUUUUUAAGGAAAUUUCAAGUAAAGUAAGAUUCAUGUAAAAUAGAUUUUCUUUUAUAUGAAUUUCCUUAAUUGAAAGACCAUAUUUCAACUGGCCAUAUAACCAAGAACAAAUCUAGCAAGAAAACUUGUAAAAUUAUAAGCACUUGGUGAAAAUAUGAAUUCUUAAAUGAAUUUCACAUUUGUUUAAGUAUGAUUAGGGCAGAAUGGGGGACUGACUCAUGAUUGAAGCAGUCUCAUGUUAGCUCUAGAUUCUAUUUUCAUACAUCAUAGAAGUGCUAUGUAGUUAUGUCUGUUUCUUUUCAGUCAAAAACUAAGAAAUAGUAUGAAUUGUAAGUCAAAGAUAGUUCUGAUGGAGCAGCUUAGUCUCAUAUAAUUUUGCUUGUCUUCAUUUGUUCCAUUUAGUGCCAAAUGUAUUCCAUUUUAAAAGCAAGCCAGAGUGAGUCAAAGCAUACACUUAUAUCUCAUAAAACCUCAUAAAUACAUUUUGGGAGUUAAAAUGUAAUCAACUCCUCAUGAAAUAUAUUCAGUACAAUUAAAUAAUUCUAUCUUUUUAACAAAAUGUGAAGCUUAGCACCCAUCAUUAAUUUACAUCACUUUUUUAACCCAGGGAUUAAAAAAGGAUUAUACCUCCUCAGUGCUCACUCUGUUAAUAUUACCUAGCAAAAGAAAGCUACUUAUAGCAAAUUCUAGGUCACUAGAAUAUCACUGAUAGUUAUACACUGUCAAUGUUGAAUCUGAACUUCUUAUAGAUUAAAAAGGUACAUAAUUUCUCUUCCUUAGCAUAACAUAUCAGCAAAUUUGACCCAGUUGUCUCUACAAGUUUUAUAAUUGAGUUAAAUAUUUGUCAUAUUAAUUACUUAUAUGUGAUCAGUAAAUCCUUUACAAAACCAACUGUUCAUUUCUUUCCUAGUAAUGUUUUACCCUUUUACAUUAUGAAAUGUAUGGAAUGAGCCAUGUAAAGCUGUCACCAUCAAUGUUUUUAAACCUGAUAAUAUUAAAUAUUUUUAAACUUCAA